CCGGCCUUGAGUCUCUUGCGCGGGGUGGCGGGGAUGAGGACGGGGCGUGCCUUGCCUCCUUUCCAGGGGGCGAGCCGCCCUGCUGCGCUUUGGAGCCCUCGUGCGCAGUCUGCGGAGCGGGACCCUGGCCUUCCGCCCUGGUAUCGUGGCCGGAGGGCAUCCCCGAGAUGGAUCCGGGAACAUUGGAGCGCCCAUUAGGGGCCUCGAUCCAUCGCCCCCCCCGCCUGCUCCCUGCUCUGCUUGCAAAGGGGUCGACCCUUUCAAAAGCCAUCCUGGGCCUUUUCUGGUGAAAGCCUUUAAAGAGCCUUUCUGGUGCAGGGCAGGUAGAAGUGCACUAAAGGGUCUCGCCACUGCCGCCAUGAGCGGGAAAUCGCUGCUCUUGAAAGUGAUCCUCCUGGGCGACGGUGGAGUUGGGAAGAGUUCCCUCAUGAACCGCUAUGUCACCAACAAGUUUGACUCUCAGGCGUUCCACACCAUCGGGGUUGAGUUCCUCAACCGGGAUCUGGAGGUGGACGGGCGCUUUGUGACACUCCAGAUUUGGGACACGGCCGGGCAAGAGCGCUUUAAGAGCCUGCGGACUCCCUUCUACCGGGGAGCCGACUGCUGCCUGCUGACCUUUAGCGUAGAUGACCGGCAGAGCUUUGAGAACCUGGGCCACUGGCAGAAAGAGUUUGUCUGCUAUGCCAACGUGAAGGAUCCCGACCACUUCCCCUUUGUGGUGCUGGGCAACAAGGUGGACAAGCGAGAGAGGCAGGUGAGCCCCGAAGAGGCCCAAGCCUGGUGCAUGGAGCAUGGGAACUACCCGUACCUGGAGACAAGUGCCAAGGACGACACCAAUGUGGCCGUGGCGUUUGAGGAGGCAGUGCGGCAGGUGCUCGCCGUGGAGGAUCAGCCGGAGCAUUGCCUGCUGGGCCACACCAUUGACCUGCGCUCCAGCCCCAAGACGGGCUCUUCAUGCUGUUGAGAGCAGCCAAGGGGUGUGAGGGCACAUCCUAGGGCAAGAGGCACUGGGGGCCAGGCUGUCACCCGGAAGGGGCCUGUUGGCGUGUGCAAGAGGCAGUGCUUGGAGUGGGCCUCUCCGUGCAUAACCAGCUGCUUGCAGCUUGGCAGAUUAGCACAGGGGUGUGGGAGGAAGGGAGUUUCUUGUGGGCAGAGCAGAGGGGUCAGGUCUGGGCAAAGAAGGCCUCCUGCCUCUCUCCUGGGGACACGUUGCUUUUUGCUGCCUGCCUGGUUAUGGGAAGCACAGUGUUGUCCCACCCGCCCUAGAGCAUCUUUGGCAGAAGUUGGACUUGCAGCGAGCCAUGCACAAGUAGCCACACUCUGGUCCUGUGAAGAGGUGGGCGCUGAGGGGGCUGUGUGUGUGCAUGUGCAAAUAUUGUAGCUUUGCUUGAUGGCUCUGGUGCUCCCGAGUGUCAAGGAGCCUAUUUCUCGCCUGCCUCAGGGGGAUCAUGUGUCUAUUUACGAUUGAUUGAUUGAUUGAUUGACUGAUAUCCCACUCUUCCUCCCAGCAGGUAUCUAGCUGAGCUUUUGCCAUUAGAGGUACAUGCCUUCUGGUUUUGCUUCACCUGCAGGGUGGACUGCCAGAUGUUCAUGCGAAACAAGGAAUUAGGGCCCUUCCAGUUUGUGUUUUUGCAGGUGUUUUCUGCAAUAUGCCCCUGACACAAUAAUAGUACAUUAGUGAAUACUGGACUGUCUACACAGCAUUCCGCUUUACUAGUUCUGCGAUGCUUCCCCAACGUUACUGCAUUACUGCCAUCUGGAGGGACACUCUUGUGCCAGAACACAGGAUAAAACAUCAACUGGAGCAUUCGUGGUAUAAAAAGUUAACAGGAUUUCAGCAGGAAGCUGCAGGGCAUGCACUUAUGGGAAAAGAAGCAGUGUCUCCAGCCCAAAACGUUUGCAGGUGCAAGCAGUCUUGAAAGUGGGAUUGCAUAUAACGGCCCCAAAUUAUGAGUACGAAUGAUCAUAAAUGCCCAAUGACAGGGAUGUUUGUAGGGGGCUUAGUUCCACACCGUGCAGCUUGAGCGCUGGUUCCCAGAAUACAGGAACCUAAGGAAGCUGCCUUAUACGAGUCAGACCAUUGGUCUUUCUCGCUCAAUAGUGUCUACACUGACCGGCAGCAGUUUCCCCAGGUUUCCAGGGAGGAGACUCUCCCAGCCCUACCUGGAGAUGCCUUUGGGGGGGGGAAUUGAACCUGGGACCUUCUGCAUGCAAAGCAGAUGCUCUGCCACAGAGCACUUCCCCUUCAGCACCUGUACAAAGCGAAGUAGCGGGCACACUUAGCUGGCACCCUUUCAGUCCAGGUCUUUGCUCUGUAGCGUCAGAAACACAUUCAAGUCUCCAUCUUGAGUGAGGCUCAGGGUGGGUUUAGCUCCCAUGAAGUCACCCAGCAACAGGAGGCACAAGUGGCUUCUCCAAAGGAAAGGGGUCAGAAGACACCCAAGGCCAGCUGCUGCUGCCUUUGAGCUGUUGCGGGUGCUUUUGGCCAAGCUGUAGCGGGGGGUGCAGACUGACAUGCCUUGGCUGCAGUGUUUCUACCUUCAUUUGGAAAUAGGGGCUUCAGCAAUGGGUGGGAGAUAUAGAUAUGUACAGUAUGAGAAACGUAAAGUGUGAGCCAUAAACUGGCCAUCUGGAGCCUUUGUCCCUGACGCACUGCUGAGCUCAGGUCAGUGCCCUUUCCUCCACUCUGCUGUAAUGGAAUAGAAAUGUAGAGUGUGGUGUGUGAUCUCCUCUGCACCUGCCCUGUGGGAGCAGCAUCAUCCCAACAGGCCCCCAGCUCCACUCUGAGGGUUUUACCACCUUUCACAAGGCAGUAGUUGCCACUUGCCUGAGCGCCAUUUAUCUGAUGCUGUCUCCAGGCUGAACACCAUUCUCUGGAGUGAUAGGCGGGUGCCCUCUGCAGGGACUUCUGGAAAUUGUAGCCUACCAUUCCCCAGAAAAAUAUGCGCAUGCAAAGCUGCCACAGGGUGAGUGUAGGUGGGAUGGACACCUUGGUUGAGCCCAGAGAAGCCUUCCAGGAGGGAGGGAGCAGUGCAUGGGUUGGCUUUAAUGGCCACGCCCCCAAGAGACCACCUGCCUGUCUUAUCGUUGUGCUUGGUAAUUGGCCACCUGCCUUUUCCCGUGAAUUGGUGUUUUUCAGCUGGGAGUCCAACUGAACUGGCAUCCAAAGUGGCCCCAAAUCCCUGGCACACUGAGCGAUCCCUUUGCCUGUGCAGGGCCCAGGGCUCCAUCUGGCCUCUGGCAUUUCCUGCAAAAGGAGGCAAUUGCUGUGGUGCAGUUCUGGGUCUGAGAGCCAGUGUGGUGUAGUGGUUAAAGUGUUGGACUAGAACCUGGGAGACCAGGAUUCGAAUCUCCACAUAGCCAUGAAGCUCACUGGGUGACCUUGGGCCAGUCACUGCCUCUCAGCCUCACGAAAACCAUAUUCAUAGGGUCGCCAUAAGUCGGAAUCAACUUGAAGGUAGUACAUUUACAUUUAGUUCUGGGUCUAGCAGAGGCUUGACUGUGGAGUGUCUGUGUGUGAAGGUGGGUAGGCCUCACGUCAUGUGCCUAGAGCAAUGCACAAUAACCAUACCCUGCAAUUCGUUUUUGGCAUCUGUAGUGACGAGGUCUUUUAUUUAGGUUACAGUCCAAUAUUUCAUUGGACCAGUGUAUUUUUACAUUCAUUAUUUUAAAGAAAAAGACAUUAUGUCUAGCUCUGUAAAUGUUUGAUGACUUAUUUCAAAGCGCAAUAGGUACCCCGCUGGAAGACCCACAUUUUGCCUUGCCAUGUUCCCACCUGUUGCUUCACUUGCCUAGCCAUGAAUCUGCUGGCAGUGCAAAUCUUCCUGCACUCAAAAGAAACUAAAAAUGUAAAGAGGCAAAACUGC